CGUGAACGAGCGUCUUCCUGAGGACGUGCAGUGCCAGCAGCUGCGGAUUGAUCAGAAUUCUACUUCGAUAAGCAACCAAGAGAGGAGGAAGGUGCGCACUAGUGUGUCAAGCAUUCCCAGGGGUGGAGCUUCCUGUUCCCAUUUCCACCAAUUGGGCAAGGUUGAUCAAGCAGCAUGAAGCCAGAUGCUCCCUUCCCCUGCUGGGACGCCCCCUCCGUCUCGCCUUCCUGUGCGCCGCAGUUGCAAGAUGAUGUCAGCAGUCCGUCAGCAAACAAUGCCAGCUCAGCGAGGAGCCAAGCUGGGAAAGAUAAGCGGGCGUUAGAAUCAGGUCCACAAGAGGAUCAAUCAAACAGGCAAAACAGGCUAUUGUUGCGGGGCGGCCGUGAAGAGACUUUGCGAGGUGGCCCUCAGUCUAGUUUGGAGCACCAGAUGAAAAACACUGACACUUUCAACAAAGGGUUUGAUCAGGCCCCUUCUGUAGGCUCCACUCGGUGUCAAAGCGUAAAACGCUUUCCCACCCGCUCAACGCCUGACACUGGGAACCAUCAUCGCUUCCAAACUUUCUGCUCCACCGAAAGUAACAGCGAUGCUGACCAUAGAGAAAAUGUAAGGACAAGUUUCUCUCCAAAACAAUUCAAUCCAGCAUUCGCUUUUCCUCAGCUGCUAUUGAUUUCCUCCACACCCAGCAGCCCAGCCAAACUAGAGUUGGGGACUUUUCCGGACGUCCCAAAAGGGCUGGGGGUGUCAAAUCUGUCCGCAGUCACAGGUGCUUCUGAGCUGCAAAGAGCGAGUGAAGCACAGAAGCAGUGGCAGUUGCAUGAGCACUUGCCGACCUUUGCAAAGGAGAUGAUUGCGGGGGGCGUCGCGGGGGCUGUGGCCAAGACCGCAGUGGCCCCCCUGGAGCGGGUCAAGAUCCUUUUCCAGACCAACCUGGGCGACUUUGCCCGCGCCGGCGUCGGGGGAUCCCUCCGCCGCAUCUGGCGCACCGAGGGCCCCCUCGGGUUCCUCAAAGGAAACGGCGCCACCGUUCUGCGCGUCGUCCCUUACGCUGCGUUGCACUUUAUGACGUAUGAGCAGUAUCGGCGGUGGCUGGUGGAAGCUACCGGGCACUCUUCUCCGCCCGUCGAUCUGGUGGCCGGAUCGCUUUCGGGGGCGACGGCGGUGUAUUUUACGUACCCGCUGGACCUCAUACGGACGCGGCUCGCGUGGCAUGUUUCGGGGCCGUCGAGCGCGGGCUCUGCCGCGAAGGGCGCAGCGUCGGUCGACAACAUCCGGGGCGUGUUUCUGGAGAUCGUGCAGAAGGAAGGCGGGCUGCGGGGUUUGUACAAAGGGAUCGGUCCGACUCUGUACGGCAUCUUACCAUACGCCGGCCUCAAGUUCUACAUAUACGAGAUGAUGAAGCUCGCGAUCGUACGCGCCACGGACGAGCAGCCCAGCCUAGUUACCAAGCUGGGCUGCGGCGGAGUUGCGGGGAUCAUCGGGCAAACGCUGACGUACCCAUUGGACGUGGUCCGACGUCAGAUGCAGGUGCAAGGCGCGCCUGCUGACGUGGCGCCCCGGGGGCUCCCCAGCGGGCUGCCAGCUCAGCAGUAUAAAGACACGUGGGACGGGCUUCGGACGAUUGUACGGAAGCAGGGGUGGCGACACCUGUACGCGGGGCUCAGUAUUAACUACCUUAAGAUGGUCCCCUCCGUGGCCAUCGGUUUCACCGUCUACGAAGCCAUGAAGGCCUGGCUGCACGUGCCGCCACGAGAAAAGGGUUCGAGAACAGCUGUAGCGGUGACAUAACCGUAGAAGUUAAGGCGAGGGGAUUAGGCGGAAGUUAAGGAGUCGUGAGAUUGUGAAUAGCCCUCGACGCAAUUGGGUUCAGUCCGCAAAUUGCAGUGCUUGCCAGCAUUAGUUCGCCAUGCGCGCUUUGUAACGCAAACGCUAGCAUCGAUCGACAUGCGCGCUUUGUAACGCACAGAUUCUACAAGGUCUGAUUCAUCUUCAAAUGACAGUUCAAUGGUAGUGUCUCUCCUCUUAGGGCGGCCAAAAGCACUCAGUAGCGGCCCCGGGCGGGCUUCAAUCUGAAGUCGACCAAUAUGAAGAUCUGCAUGCG